GCAGCUACAUGUACCGCAGAUAAGUAGAUAAUGUCCAAAGAUGUUUUCACGCGCUGUGCCCGCCCGUACCUGUUCAAUGGCUUCAAACGCUCUCCCGUCGUGCAUUCCACGCGUGCCCUGUCCCUGACCUCCCCAUGUCUGGCGAAGCAGCCACAACAGCACGAUGUGACACAUGACUACGAGAAAAGAGUAGCGCAGUUGGAGGCUCGAAAGUCGAGAGCAGAGUGGUAUCCCAGAAUUGGACAUGUAGCUCCUGUGCGCAGCACGGGCGGUAGGAGGAUAACGAGGAGAACCGCACUCCAACACGGCGCUCAAUUAGCCCCAGGUGAGACGUACGGAAAUACGUGCGCGCCUCCAGAAGAGGUAUUUGUGUUGGCGGGACGCAUCAGCACCGUGCGAACCGCAGGAUCCAAGCUUGUCUUCGCCGACAUACUGGUAGAAGAUGGCACAAUACAAGGUGUCGUGCAGCUCAGCAAGCUACGCGACCAUGACCCAGCUAUAACCGAUGACGCCUUUAAAGCAUUCAGCAAGACUGCGAGGAAAGGCGACUCCUGGUUGAUCAAAGGCUUCAUCCACCGCACUGAGCGUGGCGAGCUUUCGAUUUUGGCAAACGAGCUUCCGACGCUGUUGUCGCCAUCACUGCAUCAGAUACCAGAAUCGCUUGAAAAUCCCGAAGCUCGAGCGCGCAAUCGACAUGUCGACAUGCUGGUUCAUCCAGAAGCCGUUGAGACCAUCCAAGUGCGGCACCAUAUCGAAGCUAAGCUGCAGGACUUCCUCAACAAGCUAGGUUUCGUCAAGGUCACUACACCGCUUUUAAGCUCAGUGGCGGGAGGCGCGAAUGCUCGACCGUUCGAGACAGUGGCGACUGAGCUGUCGGACGCGACAUUGAACUUGCGCAUUGCCCCAGAGCUUUGGCUGAAGCGACUCAUAGUUGGUGGUAUGGAGAGAGUGUACGAGAUUGGACCUGCGUUUCGCAACGAAGGCGUGGAUGCUACUCACAAUCCAGAGUUCAAUAUCUGCGAGUUCUAUCAAGCGUAUGCCACCUUGGGCGACCUGAUGCAGAUCACAACGCAGUUGCUGUAUGCACUGAAUGAGCUUAUCUACAGCCUACGACAGCAACGACUUCUUCCACAUCUAAACCCUGCAGAUCUCAACUUUCAAGAUUCGUCAGGAGUACGGCGUCUGAAAUGGCCAACGACUCUGCCCACUGUCGAGUUCCUCCCGACUCUCGAAGCGAAGCUCAAUUGUGUCCUGCCAGAUCUUGUGAGCCCCGAUGCUAAAGCCACUGUACUAAGCAUCUUCGCCGGGAAGAACCUCACCGUUCCCUCCAAUCCAACCCUUCCGCGCCUGCUCGAUGUGCUCGCCGCAGAAUUCCUCGAACCACUAUCCAGCUCGGAACCAAUCUUCAUCACUCACCAUCCAGCCUGCAUGUCGCCUCUCUCCAAGCACUUCGUCUGUCCCCAAACGAACCAGACCGUCGCAGCCCGAGCCGAACUCUUCUAUCAAGGCCGCGAAUACGCAAACAUGUACGAGGAAGAAAAUAGUCCCUUUGAGCAGAGACGGAAACUGGAAGAACAGCUGAAAUUGAGAGAAGAGGGAAAGGAUAGUGAAGCAAUGAAGCUCGAUGAGCAGUACUUACGAGUCUUGGAAUGGGGUAUGCCGCCGACGGGCGGUUGGGGCUGUGGCAUUGAUCGCUUGGUCAUGCUAUUCAGUGGAAGGGAAAGAAUCGGAGAUGUUUUGGCUUUUGGCACGUUGAGGAAUGUCGUUGGGCUGGGAAAGAUGUAGAGAAAAAAACGAGAUGAUGAUGACCUCAAGAGCUCGGGGAAGCGUCGCAUGCUGUGAGCAGACCGGAUGUCUCUCCAGUGUUGGCGUGCCGUACUCUCUCCGCCUCUGCUCCCAAUUUGCAUACAACUCCCAACUCUACGAUGGACUGAGUUGAACUCGACGACCGACACGUUUCACCCACGCAAAUCGAACCAGCUCCAAGCAGCGUAAUCAAUGGCUUCAAUGGAAUGCCAUUGCGAGCCCUUUCGGCGCUUAGCGCCGGGCGUAAACUCAACUCAUUUCAACCCAACUCAACUCAACUUCAACUGUUCAUUUGUCGAAACAAAGGCAUGUGGUACUUCUCGGAACCCCC